CCAAAGUGACCACUAAUGUUAAACAAGGUCUUGUUAAAACACAAGGGAAACAAGAAGUUUCCGUUAAAAAAAUUAUCAUGAAAGGUUCCUCAAGUGCAACAAAGACCAAUCGCCCUACUGUUGGUCAAGAUCUCCUGAAACAUGAGGGAAGGAAGCUAGAAGAGGCGCGAAAAGGAAAAACCAUCCAGGCCUCCAAAAAGGUUCUCCAAAAAACUGACCCCAAGCUUGUUAAGGAGGGAGGUUCCAGUAAAACAUUGAUUAAAUCUGACCAGCUGAAAGAUGAACCUCAUAACAACAUAACUCUGCAAGGUAGCAUAAAGAAAUCUAAUGGCACGGUUAAAAUAGUGACCAUUCUGUCCAAAGGCAUAGGAACAAAUAAGACCAGAACAGGAAAGGAGACUCUGGAGCAGUCCACAAUGGCUGAGAAGAACGUCACUCAAUCAUCUGGACAUAAACGCAAGACAAUCAAAGUAGAGAAUACAAAUGUGCAAACUAUUGACAACAGAAACACUGAAGCAGGAAAGGGAAAAGUCACACAGAAGAGUCAGUACCUAGUGAACUCAACCAUUACAGCAACGACAGACGAGGCUCGAUCUGCGCAGAACAAAACAAGCAUCCCCGGCACUGUGGUGAGCAGAGGGACAGGAGGAUCCGGAUUAGGUUCUGUGAAGGUGGUGAACAUCUCCUCCUACAGCUUCACCAUCACAUGGUCAGCACCACAGGGCAUGUUCAAAAAUUUCACCGUGAUCCGGAGAGAGCCUCGGACAGAGGGCGAUGAAGACGACCACGAAGACUUUGAGGAGGAAGCUCUUGGAUCAGAGAAGGUCACUGCAGCUAAGAACCCGGCCGAAGUCCAUGUUCAGACUGAGAACACAGGAACCACUGUUUCUUCCAGUAAAACUAUUGGAUCAGGACCUAAAGCUGAAACCAAGAGGAUCUCCAUGGUGGUGCCCAGCAGCGUACGCUCUGUGGAAUUCAGCAACCUUCGGGCGAACACCCGUUAUGUCCUGAACGUGUAUGGAACCGGUGCUGAGAGAAGAUCAAAGAUUCACAGAGUAUCUGCAGUUACAGGUCCUGAGCCAGCCACAGAGAUGGUUUUCAGCAAUGUAACAGAGUCUUCUCUCACUGUGUCCUGGUCCAAACCCAAGACCACAUUCACUGGCUUCAGGGUCUCCUAUACCAACAUUGUCACAGGGGAGAGCCACUUUGUUGUCAUGGAGUCUCAGCAGUCUUCCAUGGUGCUCUCCAAGCUGUCUGCUGGAGCCUCCUACAUCAUCUCUGUAACUACCACACACAGCAGAGUGCAGAGUGAUGCCCUCAUGGCCGUUAUCACCACAGUGCCUGCUCCUCCUACGCAUCUUCAAGUUGUCAAUGUGACGGAUACCAGAGCCGUGCUGCAGUGGACUCCCAGUCUGGGGAAAGUAGACCGCUUCAUAAUCAGCUACGAGUCCUCCAAGACUCCUAAUGUGACGGUGACCGUGAUGCUGUCUGGAAACUCAGUGGAGCACCAACUGAAAGGUCUGCAGAGAGGCACCCUGUACACAGUUAAAGUGCUGAGCCAGAAGGACAGUCUGCAGAGCAUGGCCAUCUCAACUACAUUUACCACUGCUAACGUGGUUAAAGCCAGUGAGGUGGGGGCUCGCUCUGCACUGAUAACAUGGAAAAGCUCCACUGUUGUCUAUCACAGCUACAGAGUCGUCUAUCAGGUGGCAGGAGAAGAGGCAAAGGAGGUGAUCCUGGACUCAACCAUCACAGAGUAUAAGAUGACAGGGCUGCUGCCCAUGUCACGCUACCUAGUUCUGGUGCAAGGCGAGAGAGAUGGACACUACACGUCUGUUGUCACCACAGAAUUCAUCACAGGUAAACUACGAUUCCCUUUCCCAACUGAGUGCUCCCAGGAGCUGCUGAACGGAGCGCUGCAGUCAGGGGAAGUGGACAUCUACCCACAAGGAAAGGACGGACAGGCGGUCAGAGUCUACUGUGACAUGGAGACCGAUGGAGGUGGCUGGACGGUCUUCCAGAGGAGGAUGAGCGGAAAGACCGAUUUCUACAGAACCUGGAGCGAAUACAGCGGCGGAUUUGGGAACCUGAGUGAAGAGUUCUGGCUCGGCAAUGAACUUCUGCACAACCUUACUAGCGUAGGCCCAGUGAGUCUGAGAGUGGACAUGGAGUCUGGAAACGACACGGCUUACGCUCACUACGGCAACUUCUCAAUAGAUUCCGAGGAGAAGCACUACACUCUCACCGUGUCCGGCUACACAGGCACUGCAGGUGACUCUAUGAGAUACCAUAAUGGACGUCCAUUCUCGACCCGGGACAAGGACGCCGAUCCUCUGGGGAUCCACUGUGCCCGGGCCUACAUGGGAGGCUGGUGGUACAAGAAUUGCUACAAGACCAACCUCAAUGGUCUUUAUGGCACCAACAGCAAUAAUCAGGGAGUCGUGUGGAUAGACUGGAAAGGCAAAGACUCCUCCAUCCCCUUUGCCGAGAUGAAGUUCAGACCGUCCAGGUUCUCCCCUGCAACUCACGGCUGAGGGUUCAACGGUGGCCAUCGGAAAAACUCACAUCUGAUGUAGAAAAUCCAGAGGAGGGCUGAUCCACAGUCUGAUUCCCCGAGCAUAUUUUGAUCGCUAUAAUGACGGCUAUCACUACAUUUGAUUAAAUGUGUGUAUGCAAAUUUCCAGUUUUCUGACGGAAGGUAUAUACCAAAAGAGAGGUAAAACUUUUUAAAUGCAACUUUUUGUAUAAGUUUCUACUGUUCUGCCUGACCCGUACAUUUCCACACAGUUUAAUACCUUCCUGUGCAGCGCCAUGCCACCCCACUACUACUGUAAU